UGGCCACACCUUUUUAUUAAAAAUGGCUGACGAGCCUCUAAAAGAUGCUGAAGGUCAAGACGAAAAAGAAGAAGCUCAAGAGAAGGAACCUCCCAAAAGCUUUCUUCAGGAUUGUUUAGAUCAAGUCAAAGGGCAUUACUUGGCUGGAAAGAAACUCUUUGCAGUCAGUGGUGAUCAUACACAAAUCCUUGAUUGGAAGGACAUGGGUCUUAAACUCACGCUACCAUCAGGCUCUCUUUCUCCAGGAGACUCCUGUGAGGUUGCAACGGCUGUCUUUGUUGCAGGAAAGUAUCAGUUCCCUGACGGAGCCAAUGUUGUCAGUGCAAUAUACUCUAUCGGUAUUACCAAGCCUCUCCUGAAGCCUGUUGGUGUUUGGAUGCAGCACUGUGUUGCACUGCAGCCUCAUCACAAUACUGGGUAUCUUGGGUUUGCUAUUGCAUCGAUCACUAAUCAUCCAGAGCCUCCAUAUCCAUUCAAACUAGUCCCGGGGGGAAAGUUCUUUGCUGAGAAUGAGGAUGGAUGCUACUCUUAUGGGGAGACUGGCCUCAAUCUUAUAUGUAUUGUUAAAAUGCCUCACGUCAUUACAUAUCACUGAGUUUUAAAUUGAUAUAAUUAUUACUGUUAUUAUUAUUAUUGAAUUUGAUUUUAUUUCAGCUUAGACUAUUAGGAAAGCCUAUGGUAAUUGGACUAAUUACUUUUUUAAUUAGCUCUCUGGUUGCUGAAAAAGGGUGUGGCAAGCUUGUUGAAAUUGUAAAAACUAAAAAUGGUGAUUUUAAAAGGGAUCCCAAGGAUAAUCAAUCCUUCUCUGCUGUCAGUCUUGGCUCGUAUGGGGCACGGAGAUGAGAUUGUGCUAGCAGAUGCAAACUUUCCUUCAGCAUCAAUCUGCAGGCAUGGCCCAGAGUUAAUAAGAGCUGAUGGUCACGCAAUACCACCAUUAUUAAAAGCAAUAACAUCACUACUGCCACUGGAUACAUAUGUACCUCGACCAGCAAUGCUGAUGGAAUUGGUACAUAAUGACAAGAAGGCAGGACUAAAGACACCAAUAUGGGAGCAAUAUAAAAGUAUCCUUCAACAAGCUGAAGGAAAAGACAUUGGAUUUGAAAUGAUAGAACGUUUUGCAUUCUACGAGAGAGCAAAGACAGCCUUUGCUGUUGUUGCAACAGGAGAAGAAGCACUGUAUGGUAAUGUGAUACUCAAGAAGGGGGUGCUGCACCCUGAGGAAUGAUAAGAGACUAGUAAUGGUUGGGUGGGUAUAGUUUCAUUUGCUAAGAGACAAUUAUUAAUGUAAUAGACAAAAAAUCUCUUAUGUUUAUUAUAAUUGAAGGUAAAUUGAAGUUUUGUUUGUUUCUUUUUUCUUUUUCGAUAAAAUGAUAGCCUAAAAGUA